AUGAUGAACAAACGAGUAUAUAAAAACUACGUCGACUUGACGAAUAUCAUCGUACGAGUAUCGGAUGGGACCCCUGAAGGAAAGAGAAACGCUGUAUUGGUAAACUCGCACCUCGAUAGCACGUUGCCCAGUCCUGGUGCGGCGGACGAUGCUAUUUCUGUAGGUGUUAUGCUGGAGUGCAUUCGUGUUCUAACGGAAACCCCUGGUUGGCAACCGGUUCACUCGAUCAUUUUUUUAUUUAAUAAUGCCGAAGAAUCGUUGCAAGAUGGUUCGCACUUGUAUGCCACUCAGCAUUUCACUGCGCAUACUGUUCGAGCAAUCAUAAACCUCGAGGCGGCUGGUUCAACCGGGCCUGAAUUGCUUUUUCAGGCAACCUCUGAAGAAAUGAUUGAAGCAUACUCGCAUGUACCUCGACCUUUCGGGACGGUAUUAGCGAACGAUGUGUUCAGCUCGGGGGUUAUCAUGUCCGACACUGACUUCAGGCAAUUUCAGGAAUAUCAGAACCUAACCGGUCUAGAUAUGGCAAUUGUGGGAAAUUCAUACUUGUAUCACACUCGAAGAGAUACCGUGGAGAACAUUGAACCUGGCGUAGCACAGCACAUGGCUGAGAACACUCUUGCACUCUUGACCUAUUUAUCAUCGUCAGCAUCACCCUUACCGACGUUGCGAAGUUACAGCCCUCCAAAGACAGCUUAUUUCUCCCUCCUCUCUCGAUACUUCUUUUCAUACCAUUUCUCAACAGCCCAGCGACUGUACACUGCGACCUUCCUCCUAUCUCUCCCCCUUUUCCGUUUGUCUCGCCUACACGCUCAAUCAGUAGUGGGAGUACCGGUUUCGCUAAUAUUUGGCCUGGUUUCGGCGAAUGUCUUUGCUGCAUUAAUGUCAUCUAUGGGUCAGGGCAUGAAAUGGUUCGCCAACGAACAAUUUUGCCUUGUACUUUAUACCCCUUCAGCAUUGCUGGGUGUCUUGGUCUUUCAGGUAUUCCUCAACUCGCGUGCUUCGGGCCAAGACCUAGAACGACUUUCCUAUCGCUCCGUCCACCUCUUUUUUAGCGCUGGGGCUUGGGCCGUACAAAGUCUCGGCAUCGGAAGUGCUGGACUACUGUGGUUUGUGAGUUUAUUCACAGGAGCAGGAAUUGCUGUAGACUGGGUCUGGGGAGAUGCCGAGGUGCCAGUGGCAUCCUAUGUGUUGGGAAGCUUUGGUCCACUUGUUCUUGGAACCGAGGUGGCGACCUCAUUGACUGAUAUUUUUGUUCCCUUGACGGGACGUAUGGGCUCUCUUCCUCCCGUCGACAAUAUUAUCGCGUCGCUCACUACCGUUGCCGCCUUCUACGCUUUCCCGCUUGUUCUGCCUCUUUCCCACCGGUUCGGCGCGCGUGCAUUGAAAAUAUUUACUCUCUCAGUCGCAGGAUGGUCUGUGUUAAUGUGCAUCAUAUUCUCACUGCCUUGGAUCACCCCAUUCGAUAGAACGCACCAGAAGCGGUUCUUUGGUAUGCACGUUGAAAACAUUACUUCUGGGGAAUAUACGCUUCAACUGGGCGCUGCUGACGCGGCACCUGGGUUUGAAGCCCUGGUGAACAAGUUGGCAGCGGAAUUUGGGGCUCCCGGGGCAAAGCCGACUCUGAAUGUGAUGGAUGAUUGGAAUCCGGAUUGGGAUGUGCUGUAUCCGUUUUCGCAAUUUGUGACGUCGUACAAGGUGGCAGCGCCUCGGCCUCAAGGAUACGAGUCCAGCUGGGAAAAGAUUUUCACGGUCAAGGCAUAUGAUGAUAUACUUGAUUUCGCGACUGGGACACGCAAACUGACACUGAAAAUCUCGCACCCGGGUCUCAUCUGGACAGUGAUCGCGUUCGACGCAUGGGUGGUGAGCUGGUCCCUGGAUUCUCCACCACCGUAUGGGGAAGCCCGACACCACAUCAAAGAGGCAUCGUAUUAUGGGACGAACGAAUGGUCGAUCAAGUUGGAGAUCAAGGUUCCCGGGCUGGGCGCAGGCCAAUUUACGCACGAACCGUUGAAGAUCAAUUUUGUGGGGAUUGAGGAAAAGGCCAUGUGGCCAGGGAAGAAGAAUGAUCGAGCGGGACCGGCGAUGGAGGUGUUUGAGCGAAUGGAUCAGUGGUUUGAAGAAAAGCGGGGUGGGGUGGAUGACGUGAUGCUGCUGGGGUGUGUUGCGGGUAUGGCAGUGAUAUAA